GCGGCGGCGCGAGGAUCCCGAUAAUGGCGGCCUGCAGAGCCCGGGAGAAGGAGAGGCGGCGACGGCGACCCUGAGAAACCUUGACAUUGAAGAUGGUGAGUAGCCAGCCAAAGUACGAUCUAAUACGGGAGGUUGGCCGAGGCAGUUAUGGUGUGGUGUAUGAAGCUGUCAUCAGAAAGACUUCUGCUCGGGUUGCUGUGAAGAAGAUUCGAUGCCAUGCCCCCGAGAAUGUUGAGUUAGCUCUCCGUGAAUUCUGGGCGCUUAGUAGUAUCAAGAGCCAGCAUCCCAAUGUAAUUCACUUGGAAGAAUGCAUUUUACAGAAAGAUGGCAUGGUGCAGAAGAUGUCCCAUGGUUCCAACUCAUCUCUUUAUUUACAGCUUGUAGAGACUUCAUUGAAAGGAGAAAUCGCCUUUGAUCCCAGAAGCGCCUAUUAUCUGUGGUUCGUGAUGGAUUUCUGUGAUGGAGGAGACAUGAAUGAGUACCUGUUAUCCCGGAAACCCAACCGGAAAACUAACACGAGCUUCAUGCUUCAGCUCAGCAGUGCUCUGGCUUUCUUGCACAAGAAUCAGAUUAUCCAUCGUGACCUCAAGCCCGAUAAUAUCCUGAUUUCUCAAAGCCGGUUGGAUACAAGUGACUUGGAACCCACGCUGAAAGUGGCUGAUUUUGGUUUGAGUAAAGUUUGCUCUGCUUCUGGGCAGAACCCAGAAGAACCUGUCAGUGUAAAUAAAUGCUUCCUUUCCACUGCAUGCGGAACAGAUUUCUACAUGGCUCCUGAGGUUUGGGAAGGCCAUUACACGGCCAAAGCAGACAUCUUUGCCCUGGGGAUUAUCAUCUGGGCCAUGCUGGAAAGGAUCACCUUCAUAGACACAGAGACCAAGAAGGAGCUCUUGGGGAGUUAUGUGAAACAAGGAACUGAGAUUGUGCCUGUAGGGGAGGCCCUUUUGGAAAAUCCUAAGAUGGAACUGCUCAUCCCUGUGAAAAAGAAGUCCAUGAAUGGUCGGAUGAAACAGCUGAUUAAGGAAAUGUUGGCUGCAAACCCUCAGGAUCGUCCAGAUGCAUUUGAGCUAGAACUUAGAUUAGUCCAAAUUGCUUUUAAAGAUAGUGGCUGGGACACGUGACACAUGGAUUGCUGGGAAACACCUUGGAUGACAUGCUGCUUCUGUCUGAACAGGGAUGCAACAUUUUUGUGGCAGAAAAAAAAUGGAAUACAUAAGACUAAACUCCUACUGACGAGUUUAGAUUUUACUGUGUUUUUUUUAAGGUUUUCUUAAGUCUGAGUCAGCCAUUUUGUUAGUAUGUUUUAAAUGUGUAUUACCAAUGUGUGUGUAAAUUUUUUAAAAGACCAUUGGUAGAAAUUUGACAGGAAAAUUCUGUAAGAGCCAAGGAGAGAUGAGAGUCCAGGUUUUCUGGGAAUAUGUCACAAGUAUUUUAGACAUUCCUUGUCAGUAUUAGGAAUUUCCAUAGAAAUAGUGGUUUACAUGCUGGUCAUGCAA